CCGAGCUUGACGUCGACCACUCACCUCUUCCGGCAGCCCUGGGGCUGUUGCGCUCUGUUGCCCUCCACACGUCUCGGACUUUCUGAAUACUCCUUGCAGGGCAUCCCUUCAACAAAUUCUCAUACAGUAAUCUCCGCAACGGUCGUUACAUAUGAGCGACGGCGAGGCCGUGGAACGCGCUACCCCGACCUCUGCCUCACCAGACUGGGAUGCCCUGCGGAAGAGAAGCCUGGGACCCCAUGGGUUUGGUGACGAGCGUAAGACACUCUGGCCACAGUUGCUGCACGUAAAUCUCGCAGAAGCCAGUGCACCGAAGGCGGACACUUCGUCAGAACCGCCACCAGUUGUUGAGGAUGCUUCUGGAAGUGAGGAUCCACAAAUCUCCGCCGAUAUCGAUGAAGCACUUGCUCAUAGAGACGAACGACAAAUCGGCCUGGACACGAACCGCAGUUUCGUCUUGUACCCAGUAGACGAGGGUCCGGACAGGGAGCGUCUGAAGCAGCAGCUGCACGAACUGAUUGUUUCUGUGUUCCGGAAACGCCGUCACCUCAACUAUUUCCAGGGCUAUCAUGACAUCGUCUCAGUCCUGUUUCUGACUUUGCCACCCGAGCUGCAGGCUCCGUCUGUGGAGAAGAUGAGCUUGCAUCGGGUGCGCGAUGCGAUGGGUAUGACGCUAGAGCCUGUAGUAGGGCUGCUGAGAAUCACAAAACGUUUACUCCAGGCAGUCGACCCAGACUUCUCGUCAAUCGUAGAUCAAACAUCACCGCUCCCUUAUUUUGCACUGUCGAACAUUUUGACACUGCUCUCUCAUGAUGUUCCAAGCUUGCCCUUAAUCCAGCACAUCUUCGAUUACCUACUAUGCAGACAACCUAUUGCCGUCGUCUACCUUGUGACAGCGAUUAUCAUGUCUAGACGAGAUGAAGUUAGGCAACUCACACAAGAAGGCGACGACGGCAUGAUCCAUUCAGUACUCAGUACACUUCCUGAUCUCUAUGAAGAGGAUGAGCACGCUAUUCCGGACGAGGCCCCAUCUAAAGGUGCCGCACACGAGUUACACGAGCCUGUGGCAGCGUCUCCUGCUGGACCGCCGGACGCAAUGCCAGUCGCAGAGCCGAGUACGGAUGCCUCGAACAUUGUCACUGAAGAGCAGCAGCAUGUCGACUUCAGCGACGAUACGACGGCAGUGACUUCUGUCUCUGCCAUGUCGGACACAUCGUCCACGGUCGGUGACGAGGAAUCCAUAACGGUCAACGAAUCGGAUGUUGAGGAAGACAACAUCAUCAACGAGAAAGCCACCACAAUGACGACUCCCCUAUGCUCGUCCACCGAGAUGGAGCAUCCGUCGCCGGACCACCCGUCGGACCAGCCUGAGCAACAAUCAGACCUCUUCGAAAAGCAUCCCCUCUCACGCGCAUCCACAAUCACUGAAUCCGAUGACUCCCCUCCCCGCCCACGCGUCUCCCUCACCUCCCUUCUCAUACAAGCCGAUGACCUGUACGCACGCUUCCCUCCAUCGCACCCCUCCAUCGCGCUUGCCACGAUCAUGGGCCCCCAGAGCGUGAUGCUCACCUGGUCCUCGGACCCCUCCGAGCUGCCCUCCGACGACGACGCCGAACUGAUGGUCACGAAGCCCGAGCUCGUCGUCCUCCCCUACAUCGAGCCAGACGACGAGGUCGAGUCCGACGACGAAGGCGCGUCGCCGCGCGGGAAGCGCCGUGCGCGGGACAGGGACCGGGCCCGGCGCCGGCUGAAGAAACCGCGGCACCUCGUGCUGCAGCGCAAGACGAUGGUCGCGGGCGCGGUGCUCGUGCUCGGCGUCGCCGUCGCGGUGUAUGGGCUGCAGAACGGCGGGGCGGCGGGCUUAUUCAGGGGCUUUGCAGAGGGACAGAGGGAGAGGCACUCGAUGGGCAGGGAGUGGAAGAGGAUGAGUAGCUUUGUAGGGGGUGUUGUGAUUGGUGUCGGGGAACGCAUAUUUGAACCGCUCUUGCAUGGGCUGUGAGCUGUGCGGAGGGUUGGCUAUGUAUUCGCGGAUUGGGAUUGGGAAUGAUUCUAGCAUCAUACGUGGCUGGGUCUAUAUUUAUGAUUUAGGAAUGGCCUCAGGAAGCUCAGGGUAUAAUUCGCAGCGCAGUGGGCCGCAAUUUUCGAAAGAGGAUAGUUUCCUGUUACGGAGGUGAACGCCACAACCAGCUGGAUUUGGAAU